GGCGGCAUCGCGGCAGCCAUUUCGGGCGGGAAGAGGGAACGGCCGCUAUAAUUUCGGUUCUGGUCCCCCCUCAGACCUACUUGCAUUCUCAGUCCCUAACUCGCGUCUUCGGUGGCAGAUUCCGCCCCCAUGGCGGCCAACGAGGGCAUGAGGUUCAAGGUGCUGCUCAGUGACAUCUCCCAGAACCUGACCGGGGAGAAUAUGAAAACACUGAAGUUUCUGUGCAAGGAUUACAUCGGCAAGAGAAGGAUGGAAAGUUUGGAGAGCGGCAUCCAGCUGUUCCAGGUGCUGGAGGAACUCAGUUUGCUCUCCGAAGAAGACACCAAAUUUCUGGGCCAGCUGCUGAAGAACAUCAAGAGAACCGAUCUGGAGAAAAAGUUGUCUGAUUUCCAGCGGGGCGGUGAGCCGCUCCAACAAUCGAUGUGCGAAGUUGGGAGAAACUCGGAUGUUAAUGUUGCAAUUGACGUAAUUUGUGGUAACAUCGGAAGAGACUUUUGGAUGUUUGCGAGAAAGCUUGGAUUCAAAGAGGCUCGUCUUCAGGAAAUUGAAUACAGGCAUCCGCGUAACAUGCAGCUUCUGAUUUCGGAAACACUGCAGGAAUGGCAAGAGGUAAAAGGGCAAGAAGCCACUGUAGAGAGACUGGUAACUACCUUACGGAGCUGCAAACUGAAUAUGAUUGCAGAUAGCGUGGAAGAGGAGGUAAACAAGAUUAGGUGACUUUUAAGUGGGGAGCAUAAAUUAAUGUCAACUGCAACUUGCUAGGUUGUAUCCGGAGCAAAUUAUGUAGUCCUUUGAAAGUUGAAACUAGACCUUCUGUCGUUUGAACAGUUCUGGUUCUGUGAUUGGUAUCAGAGCUCUGCAUUUUCCUUGAUCGUGACCGUGCCUGGGCUUGCCGGAGUGAAGGAUCGAUUCCCAACAUGGGCUGACACUUCCCUGUAGACUUCACUUCAAGAGUCAAUCACCCGAGUCACAGAUUGCAGUCUUGACUACAUUUGGAUGCAUGUUGGUGCAGUUGUCUCCUCCAGGUGCUGCCACGAUCUACUCCCCUUGGCCAUGUUGACACCGUAACUGUAGGAUUGAUAAAAUCGCAUCACGGGAAUGUCAGAGUGUGCAUACAGCCUCAGUCAAGUUGAAAUCAGUGUUCUACUCAAAGCCAUUUGAGAAAAGAGUUUACAAAGAGAGCACUAAUAGAGUUUGUCUUGGGGAGUGCUUCAAAGUUUAUUUUGUACAAACCAGAUUAUGAUUCAGUAAAAUAUAUAUUUUAUUGAUGUACUUUA